CCCGCCCCGGUGCAGCCCUGUUGCACCAACUCCGGGGCAGCUGCCCCAUCCCUCGCCGGCAGCCGUGGGGAGGCGGUGACAUCGCGGUGCCCGGCUGCCCCGGCGUGCGGGCAGGAACCGGCGGUUCCCCCUCCCCCCCCGUCUUUGUCGGCGGCGCGGGUAGGCUGCGGCGGGCAGCGGCGGUCGGUCAGUCCCUCCGUUCGUUCGUCCGUCCGCGGCGGGCGCGUGGCUCCUUUGUGUACAGCAGCUGCUCCUGAAUGCGGAGGCAAAGCCCUUGGCUUGGCACUGAGCUUUUAAAAAACAACAGCCCUCCCUCUGUCUCCUGCCCUCCCUCUUUCCCUCCCCUCCUCCCGCCGAGGCGGACGGGCACCCACCUGGGCUCCGUCGCCCAUCUCUCCACUCCUCCUCUGCUCUCCUUCUUGUUUACCUGCACUUUUCCACCGCCUCUUUCUCUCCCUGUCCCCCGUCGCCUCCCGACCGUCAUCCGUCCCCGCUCCUCGGGAAGGCUCUGUGCCCCGCAGCUUCGGUCCCUCGGCGGUUUGCCCGCGCCCCAGCCCCGGGGAAGGCACCUGAAGGUGGAUCUAUUAACUCUCCCGGCUGUCUCUCCAAGUGCACUUGGACCAAAGCACCGGCAUGGAUGUAAGAUUUUACCCGGCUGCGGCGGGCAGCUCGCUUCCCGGAGACCCCUCCAACCUGGACUUUGCCCAGUGUUUGGGUUACUACAACUACAACAAGUUUGGAAACAAUAACAGCUACAUGAACAUGGCAGAGGCAAACAAUGCAUUUCUUGCUGCAAAUGAGCAGACCUUCCAUACGCCGAGUCUUGGGGAUGAGGAGUUCGAAAUCCCACCCAUUACCCCGCCACCCGAGUCAGACCCUGCCCUAGGGAUGGCAGAUAUACUGCUGCCCUUUCAGGGUCUUGGUGACCAGCUGCCUGCACAAGGAAAUGAAUUUACGCCUCAGUUUCCCCCGCAGAGCUUGGAUCUUCCCUCUAUUACAAUAUCCCGAAAUCUUGUGGAGCAAGAUGGCGUCAUCCACAGCAAUGGACUGCACAUGGAUCAGAGUCACACACAAGUUUCCCAGUAUCGCCAGGAUCACUCUCUGAUUAUGAGAUCUAUUGUCCAUAUGACUGAUGCUGCUCAUUCAGGAAUAAUGCCUCCUUCUCAGCUAACCACCAUUAACCAGUCUCAGCUAAGUGCGCAGCUGGGGCUAAAUUUAGGAGGCACUAAUUUGCCACACACUUCUCCCUCCCCUCCUGCAAGUAAAUCAGCCACUCCUUCCCCAUCCAGCUCUAUAAAUGAAGAAGAUGCAGAUGAAUCAAACAGAGCUUCUGGAGAAAAAAGAGCUGCCCCAGAUUCUGGCAAGAAGCCCAAGACUCCAAAGAAGAAGAAAAAGAAAGAUCCCAAUGAGCCACAAAAGCCGGUGUCAGCAUAUGCCCUUUUCUUCAGGGAUACACAAGCUGCAAUUAAAGGGCAGAACCCGAACGCUACAUUUGGAGACGUUUCAAAAAUAGUGGCAUCGAUGUGGGACAGUUUAGGAGAAGAACAAAAACAGGUAUAUAAAAGAAAAACUGAAGCUGCCAAAAAGGAAUACCUGAAGGCACUUGCUGCCUACAGAGCAAGCCUAGUUUCUAAGGCUGCUGCAGAGUCUGCUGAGGCCCAGACAAUUCGUUCUGUUCAGCAAACACUGGCAUCCACAAAUUUGUCUUCCUCCCUCAUUCUGAAUACUUCCCUUUCUCAACACACAACAGUAUCAGCAUCUCCUCAAACUCUUCAACAGUCCCUUCCCAGAGCAAUUGCUCCAAAACCUUUAACCAUGAGACUGCCGAUGAAUCAGAUUGUAGCUUCUGUUACUGUUGCACCAAACAUGCCAUCAAACAUUGCAGCUCCACUGAUAAGCUCUAUGGGAACAAAUAUGGUGGCCACGCCAUCUUCGUCUCAAGUCAGUCCCUCCAUGCAAAGCCAGCAGCACCAGAUACAGCAACUCCAGCAGCAACAGAUGCAGCAGAUGCAACAGCAGCAACUACAUCAGCAUCAAAUGCAUCAGCAAAUACAACAACAAAUGCAACAGCAGCAUUUCCAGCACCACAUGCAACAACAUUUGCAGCAGCAGCAGCAUCUUCAGCAGCAAAUUAAUCAACAGCAAAUUAAUCAACAGCAAAUGCAGCAGCAACUGCAGCAGAUACAGCUUCAACAAAUGCAGCAGCAGCAAAUGCAGCAUAUGCAACACCAAUCACAGCCUUCUCCUCAGCAGCAUUCUCCAGUAGCCUCUCAGAUAACUUCUCCCAUUCCUUCCAUUGGGAGCCCACAGCCAGCACCUCAGCAGCACCAGUCACAAAUACAAUCUCAGACACAGACUCAAGUACUAUCACAGGUCAGUAUUUUCUGAAAAUAAAAGAUGCUGCAACAUGGCUUUGUGUUGAUGGAGGGGGUUGGAGUAAACCAUAUAUGGCUGAAAACUGUAAAUUGUUGAUGGUAGUUAUGCAGGGAUGCAUAACAGAUCAAAUGAUCCUCUAAAGUGUCUAUUAGAUAGGCAGUAAAGAACUACAAUGUAGCUGUGUAUCAUCUUUUAGCUGACUAUAAAUCAUUUUGUUUAAAAAUAUUAAAAAAAAAACAA